GGCGUCGCGUCGAGACGCUGCUGUCGGAGACGCUCGUUGUCCGUGGAAACGACGCGAAAAUGUGAUCGCUUUGUGCUUCCUCUUGUGAAUCAGCAAGCUGUCUAAAUUAACAGAAGCGUCGUCCAUUAACACUCGAAACCGGACACUGAAGCAACGUAUUUUCAUCUAUUUAAUCUGCGCCGGCGUAGAUUUCUAUCAGUAUUAAGAUUUCAAAUUUGCACUAUGUUUUAAGCCGAACUCGAAAUUUACCUCGACAUUUUUAUAAAAUAUCUUACUUAAACAUGGCAGUCAAUAGUCCUGGUACAUAUCCUGUAAGCCCUAAAAGUCCAGUACCUAACAGUCCAGCUGCGUCAAAAAGCUCAAGUUAUUUUAACUUUGCUCCGCCAAAGAGCCCUGGAGGACCAAAAAGUCCGAAUCACCAUUGUCCUAAAAGCCCCGGAGGCUUUAAAAGUUCCACUCAUUUCAAUUUUGGCCCUAAGAGCCCUGGUGCCCCUAAAAGCCCUACUAAUGUUAACUGCGGUCCGAAAAGUCCCGGUGGUCCGAAGAGCCCUGUUAAUUUCAACGUAGGGCCCAAAAGUCCUGGAGGUCUUAAUAGUCCAAGACAACAAGUUGCAUUUGGCCCCAAAAGUCCUGGUAGUUCAAAGAGUUCCGGUCAUUUCACUUUCGGACCUAAGAGUCCCGUUGGGCCCAGAAGCCCAAGCGCAGCUCCUAGGAGUCCAAACGGUUACCACAGAUCGUCUUCAAUUGGGUCACGGAGCCCAAGUUGUAGGGCUGAGGGAAGUAGCGGUUCAUUCUCGUCGAAUUCAAACAUUUCGAGCACUGGCACUCUUCAGAACUCUGUCGUGGGCAGUGCUCACGAUGUAAGUUCAACCGAUACCGCUUCCACAUCGUCAUCCUCUUGGACCAGAUGUCGGAGAUCUACUUCAGAUUUGACAGAUCUCAUGGAGGAAGAAUGCUCCACUACUGCAACCUCUUUGUCCCGACCGUGUUCGCCGCGGAGUAGGGCGGGUAGUAUCAAGGGAGGCGGAGGACUGGCGUAUCUCGCGUCGCGCCGUGGCAGCAGAGAUUCGCAGGUGUCCCAAGCAUCCGCCGAAGACGUUGGUCCACUUAACUUCAGUAGUAAUCCUCGGGGACGCCAGAGGAGGAAAUCAAACUUCCUCGAACUACCAGUUCCUGACCAUAUCAGACCCAGGGUGUGCAGUUUGCCAGAGAAGCCGUACAACCCUCGUUGCGGGGAUGACCUCUACAGGUUACGGACAUUUAGCAUCACGAACAAGGGCGGUGUUGUCAACUGUGGAGACAGCAUCAUAAAUAGGCGGUCCAGGAGCAACACCAGCGUCAACUCCACCGCCAGCAGCCCCGGGGAGCGGUCUCCGUUCGAAGGAUCCUGUUGUGGAAGUAGUUACAACAACAUCAGCUCCGAGGCUAGCGUGGAGGAGAUUACGAAGUAUCGGGUGGUGCUGUUGGGGGACGCUGGCGUCGGCAAGACAGCUCUCGUAUCGCAGUUCAUGACGUCGGAAUACAUGAACACGUACGACGCUUCACUAGAUGACGAGUUUGGAGAAAAAACCGUGUCUGUACUUCUUGAUGGAGAGGAGUCUGAGAUGAUCUUCAUUGACCACCCGAGUGUCGAGAUGUCGGUUGAAAAUUCCUUGUCGACUUACGAACCUCACGCAUGCGUCGUAGUGUACUCCGUUGUGGAUCGCGCCACUUUCAAAACUGUAGAAGAUAUCCUCAACUACCUUUGGCGCGAGAACUAUACUCAAGACAAGUCUGUAAUUCUUGUUGGUAACAAGGCGGACCUUGCCAGAUCUCGGGUUAUUCCAACCAACGAGGGCAAGGCUCUGGCAGCAUCACGCGACUGUAAAUUCAUUGAGACGUCAAGCGGAAUCCAACACAAUGUAGAUGAGUUACUCGUUGGAAUUCUGAAGCAGAUUCGACUUCGAGAAAGCCGUGAGAAGAAGCGACAGUUGCGUCGUGGGAGUAAAGGUGGAAGAAACCCAAACAAUUCACGACUCCAUGGUUCCAGAACUUCUUUAUCUUUGAAUAUAGCACGUGAGAUUUUAAAUAAAAUGUGUAUGAAUGACAGCAAAUCAAAGUCAUGUGAGAAUUUGCAUGUCUUAUAAACUACAUAGCAAAAACAUUGUCGUAAGUAGACAUAACUUCCACGAUAGCAAAGUCUUACCUUUCUAAUAAUAUGUAGAAACUUUUAAGGCUGUAUUGUGGUAAUUUAUCCCUGUUCAGUUGGUACUGCGUGCACAGGACUACAGCCAGCUCUGCAAGUACACACAGUAACAGCAGCAGUUUAUCUCUUUAAAGUAUGAGUUCGUCUCAAUUGUAUGAAGAAUUCAGUUCUUACCUCAAAGAAAACACAAUGUGUCUCCAUUACAAAGACCACUUGGUUAAUGCUGUUUAGGGAAAUGUAGAUAUUUAUUCUGAGAAUUUUAUGCAAAACAUAAAUACACUGUGUUUAAAAUGCAAGGAUAAUGUAAGUUAAUGCAGUGGUACACAUGCGUACAACCGAGCUUUAAAGAGUUGUCUUGGCGGACGUUCUAUACUGUAGAAUUCCGUAUGAGCCAAUGUUCAUAAGUACUAUUUGAAGUUUGAGACAGGUAGGAAACAUAUUCUGGAAUCUGGAAAAUUUCCUCUCCUGGCUAAUAAAUUUGCAUUAUCCAUUCAUCAGUCAUGUGAUAUAAUUACAAAGAAGAAGAACCUUAAAACUUUUGCUGCUGUGUAACUCAUAUAAGUCUUCUCCAGCUAUAAGCCAAAUCAUGUUUAAAUAAAAUUCCAGCAAUUAUGAUAUGCUAUCAUCUUGUAGUUUUAUAUUAUCAUCUUUAAUGAUGAGAAACUAUUUCUGCCAUACAGCCAACAACAAAUAUAUUAAUGUGUGGCAGAUCUAGAAGACAGAAAUCUACAUUACAUUAAUUUGGUAUUAAAUAAGUUUCUCUUGGAUUUUCAAAGUGUUCUUUUGUGACAGAUGAAAAUACAUACCAAACAUUUUACAGAUGAACAGCUAACCUUUAUUGUCUGUGUGUCACUGCUUACAUGCAGUUGAGCUGGCUGUGCGUCACUCUAGCAUGACGCACUAACUCUGGAGUUCAAGUCUGGCCAGCAGCCCCAUAUUACAGGGGUUUAAACCCCUCUGUUACUGUGUGAUGAAGAUGAAUAGGCCUAAACAGUUUUUCAGUCAGGCAUGAGAGUCCUUAUUCUCGUUCUUCAUGAAAGGACCAUAUUUUAAUUUGUGACUGUAACUUUGAACAUGCCACUUUUCAAUUGAAUUUUGAUACAGGCAUUGAAUACAGCAUACCACUGACUUCAUAUCAUAUGAUACCUUAAAGGCAAGGGAAUGUAAAAUUAUUUAUGUCAAUUACAUUCAUUUCUUUGGCUAAUGGAGAAGCUUACACUCUUUAUUCAUUAAUCUGGAAUGGGUCCAUUUUUAAGAUUAUGCUAGAAGGAGUAUCAAGUGAAAUGAAUAUGAACAUAUACUUCUUGUAACACUCAGUAACUUUUCAAAAUAAUUUGUAUGCAAAUCUGACAAUGAGAUGUGAAAAUUUUGGUAAAUAGUAUUGUCAUUUGGUUGAUUUAAUUUUUGAAUUGGAAUAUUUAGUGCUACUUUUUGUGGCUGCAAAUGUCACAACUUUGUGAAUUGUAAGUAAAUUGAGAAAUAAUGCAAUUUAUUUCCCUGAAAAACUGAAUCUGCAGUCCUGGUCUGUGUUGUAUGACCUAAUUAGUUGUCAGAUGUUACAUUUUCUUGUAUGUCUGCUAAUCAUCAUAGAAAUGAGGUUAAAAUGUAGCAGGUGUAUUAGUUUUUUGUGCUAUGUCAGGUGAAAUGCAUUGAUAUUGCUGCUUUUUGUUGUCUGUUUAAAUAUUCUUCUGCAGCAAAAUGUUAAAACACAGUUUUUAUAGUUUUGAUAUCUUUUUAAUUGUUGCGCAAAGCAAUCUGUGCAUAAAUUAUAAUACAGUUUUCAUAAGCCAACUGUCAUAACUGCUUGUUAUGUUAGGGUAUUUGAAAGGUCUUCUGAGAUUUGAGCGUCUCAAUGCAGUGAGGAUGACGGUGUUGUUUUUCUAGGCUGUGACACCAUCUAGAUUCACUGGUACAUAGCAACAUUUUGUUUGAGGGCUGAAAAUGUAGACAGUAUAUUUUUCACAUAUGUUGGAAUGCACCUACAAGUCUAUAUGGUGUUAAAAGGCCUUACUUUAUAACUGAUUGUUUACCUAAUAAAUUAGAAUGCAAUUAUACAGGGUGAGUCAGAAGUAUGUUUACAAACUUCUUGUGCGUGUUCCAGUAUCGAAAAUAAGAAAAAAAUGUCCUAUGAACAUGGGGUCACAAAUGUUUCAUUUGUGAGUGAUGGCGGUGUUGUAACAGACAUGUGUCUCAGUGUUUCAGAGAAAUCAGAAGCCUCCGUCUUCAUGGCAACAGAUUAUAAUACUUACUGUACAAAAUACAUGGGCAAGUAACUGGGUACAGUAAAUGAAAACCUACUUCAUUGUAAGCCAAAAUGCUGUGAAAUUCAAAAUAUCAGUCAUUGUCCUGAUGUCAGUAAAAUACUUAAGAUUUAGUGCUGGACAUAAACUUUGAUUGAUUUCUAGUCUGUAUGUUAUUCUGCUUAAGAAACACAUUAUUUGAGUCCUGCCUAUGGGAACUUUGUCACAUGGCAGGUAAUUCUUGCCAUCACCUGCCAGGCAUGUGUCUUUGUUCACUCCAUAGGCAUCGUGAGUAGAGUGUAACAGAACUCCAGUCUGCAUACGGCCUGUUUAUAAUUAGUGCUGGACUGCUGCUCUGCCGUUUCUGUCUCUAGGAUUAAAGUUGUGUCCAAGAAAGAGGAACUUAUAUUUCAAAAUCUUAGUCUGCAAAUAUGUAUUCACAUCUGCCACUUUACAAGAUUUCCCCACAGUUCCAUUUUAUAAAAUGUGGUCCAUAUCUGAUUUCAGUCAUAUCGCCCAGAACGAUAGAGACCGCUUACUUCUUUGAAACAUUUUAAACCAGUGAACCAAAACAUGGUCUCAAUACUCAAAAUUGGAAACUUAAUCCCCUGUUAGUUUGUGUUAUUUCAUUAAUUUAUUAUAUGUUUUAUCUUGACUAUAACAAGAAGGUGCCCAUAUGCCAUGAAUAUGUAGAGAACAAUGUGGUAUAGCCCCACACAUUCUGAGCCUAUACUUUAGAUGUUUUCUUUUCACAGAACUGCCUAAUAAAUUCUCUCUCUCUCUUCUAUUCUCUGAGAAUAAUCUCACCAUGUUUACAAGGCAUACUUUAUUACACUAAAUCUAUAAUGAAAUAAUAAGAAGCAAAUAAAUGAAUAAUGAUAUCAUACAGUGAUGUAGCAGUGGAAAACAAGAUGUGUGAGAAAUAAAAGACUGUUUUUUACUUAUGAAUACGGGGAUAUGCAUGUGCACAUCACGUGUCUAUUGGACUGCUUACAUCACAGGUAUUUGCUUAACUCUAAUGGACAGUAUAUGGGCACUUUCCCACUUUCUUUUCAAAAUGAUCAUUUUAACAUUGUUUAUGUGUGAAGAAAGACUUAAAGCAAUAUUGGCCGCGGUUAGUGCAUCUUGAAGUUCGAUAUGUAUGAUAUUCAACGUGAUAUUAUGUUUUGUAUUUAAUAUUGCCAAUUGUUGUUGUUUCAUGUAUUAUGUUGACAAAUAAGAAGGUCCACUAAAAAUAUAUAUUUUAAUGGAACCAUAUGAAGUAGAGCAGGCCUAAAUAAUUAUAAAAGUAGUAAAAAAAUUUGCUGCUAUUUUUAUCUUGAUAUAAAGAUAAUACAUAAACAUGACUAAAAAUUGUAAGUAGCUUGUUCGUUAGAUGCUUUCUGUGAGAAUAUAUUUACAGUUUCAAAAUUAAUAAUUUUUUUCGUUUUCUAUAUUUACAUUACAAAGCAAGGAGAUAAUUAAGAUAACUCAUGGUGUAUAUUGUAUUGGGUGAAUGCAUGUAUUAAUAUACAGGCAUUACAUUUUUUCAAAUAAGUAUUUGGUUUGUCUGUUUACCAGUCAGCAGUGUUAUAACGGAACUCAUUUUGAUUUCUACUUAGUUUAAGUUAGAUCCUACUGCAGCGUGUCUAUUUCAAAACUGUGUAUACAAAAUGAACAACAGUAUGUACGCACAUGCUUGCGCUGUGUUACAUAACUAAUUCAUGAAUCCAUUCCAGACUGCUUAUGUUUCUCAAAUGCAAAGACACUUCAAAUUAACAUGGGAUCAUAUUUGGCAUACAGAAAUUUUAAACUUACAAAUCAUGGAUUCCUACCCUAACAUUUUUCUCAGGAAUUAACUUUUCUAUUUUUGCUUUAUUUACACUUCUUUUGUAUCUUAAUUUUGUUUGUAUUAUCACUAUGAAUCCUGAAGAAAAUGAACAAAAGCUAUAGAAAGCUAUAAAAGCUAUAGAAAUGGCUGAAUGUGCUGUAGUGAAUACAUUAAUGUCAGUGCUCUCUAGUGAAAAUAAUCUUCAUCUGGUGAAAUAUAUAUUAAUGUAACACCUGCAAUCACAUAAUAUGUCUGUGAUUGUGCAUUUCCUACUCAUCUUUCUUUCCCAAAAAUUAAAUAUAUUUUUAGAAUAUAAACUGUUUGGAGAUAUGUUAUUCCAAAUCUAAUUUUUUUAAUUAAAUUCUGACAUAUACUGUCAUUUUUCCAUCAGUGAAUUUGUAAAUACACUAUACUGUAAGAAUGUAUAUUUUCUCAUUUAAAGGUGUUAUAUGCAAGAGUAAAAACUACAAGUUAGUAAGAUAUAAGUAGGCCUAAAUGUAAAGAUUGUCAUAAUGGCAAAUGGCUAAAUGUCAAAGUUAUCAUACUUCACUCUUCAUCAAACAUUCCCAAAUUAUGUACUAUACAUAACAUGUAUCAGAGUGUGUCAUAAGUGUGACAAUCAUUAAAUGUACCUUCUGCAUCUUUCAUAUCAGUCACACUUUCAACUGAGGUAUAUUUUUUAUGCUAUAACUAUUUCUCAGACAUCUAAUGAUCCAAGUAUCAAACUUCCUUACUUGUAAAGACUUUUGUACUGUCUCUUUAUUUGGUAUUACUAGAAAAUAUAAGCAUUGCGUCUAUAUAACGCA